AUGGCCCGCAAAGACUUCAAUGCCGUGCCAACGAGGGAGGCAGGGGAUAUCGGAAGGCACCUAAACGAAAGCCUUGUAAAUUUCAGCCUGCCGGCUGAGGCUAUGGCACACGGUAGCCUGAAGCUCGAUCUGGUGGCGGCACAAUCAGACAACAUCGAGCAUAUCGAGCAGCUUGCCUCCCAAGCGUACCAACAAUUGCGCGGUGUGGCAUCGCCCGGAGCAACAGCUUUCCUGCUCCUCCGCAAUCAACGGCACAAGGACAGCCACGAACGGCCAAGGCUUGCAGCUGACCCUUACAAGACAGAUGAAGCAACGUCUCCAUGGAGCUCGACUGCUGGGUACUCUACACUGGCCGAGGUGUUCUCGCCUCCACGGGAGCUGGCGACACUCAACGGAUAG